AUGGACCUAAACGAAGGCACAACAACAGAAGAUUUGUGGACUCCAUUUAAGGAAUUGGUUGCUGUGGUAGAAUGCUACCUUACAAAUGAAAGUGGUAGCAGUCCCUAUGCCGUACAUACAUUUGAAUCAGUUCUUAGGCGGCAUAAACAGACAUUCUUAUCAUUAUUGAAAAACCCUGCUAAGAAUCCAGCAAGCAGAGAUGAAAUAAAAAGAGGGAUUACAGAAGGUGUUAAUUUGCCUAGUGUUGGAAGAACCUUAUUAUCUAAAGACCUUGUAGAUGAAGCUAUUAUAAUAUCAGAUAUGUACAAUGCCAAUGAAUACGCUUGCUUAGAGCUUUUACAUUCUGCUCAGCGUCAGAGUCCUCGUCAACCUGGCUUAGCUAGAGGUCUUCUAGCUGUGAUGCUGUAUUAUGAUGGACGACGAGCCCUUGUACAGGCACUAAAAGAACUUGUCAUGGCCCGAGAUGGAGUAUCAUGGUCAAUAAAUGCCAGGGAGGAAAUAAUACAAUAUGUAUCAAGAUAUGUGGAGCAGUUAAUAUCAGAUGGUCUUCUAGCAAAUGUAUUAGAUGCAUUACAUCGUAAUUCAUUAGACAAUGAAUUAGACUUAUUAAGACGUAAUCGAGCUCUACCACCAAGCAGAUAUCACAUGAAGUUGCUGGGCUGUAUGCAAACAACUAGAAAAUUACUAGCAGGCGUUAUCUUUGCUGCGUCAGCGCAACGCGGCCUCGAAAGAGAUGUUCUCUUGAUGUUACUAUCACAAGAAAUGUCAUCGCCAUCACGAAGUGCGACUGGUGCUUUGGAUGAAACAUCAUUGGCUCUUCAAAUGGCUCUAUUAUAUGCCCUGGAUCUGUCAGUUUUGCAUAGGCGCGAGGACGGCGAAGAAUUGUCAAAGAAACUACCCCUGAUUCAGGAUCCAGACCUAAUAUCAGUAUUAUUAGAUGAGUUAACUCCUGUGCCGCAUCAAGAGGGUCAAAAGGGCUCAGGUUUGCGUGCCCUGUGCCAGUUGGCGUUAGGGCUGGCACUUAGUGCAUUAAAGCGAGCUCCGGUGUCAUUGCUGAGGAAGGGAAAUGAAUCAAGAUGUGAGGCCCUGGAUCAGGAUGAAAUGCUUGUCGAUGCUGCUAUUGAUGGAGAGGUAUUUGAAUAUCUAGAUGAAAUGAUACUGUCAUCAGAUCUUGUGGCGAAUGAGGAAUACUACCAGCGCAGGAUUCACUCGCUGAUAACAGACUUCAUUGUACUUAUGCACUCCAAACUUAUGGAAAUGAGAGUCAAGGCGGAUGAAGCCGCUCGCGCCGCGCAAAUGUACGCAGCGGAAGGACUAGCUCCGCCCCCGGGAUCCUCCCAGCGUACACGUCUCGACGCAUUGUUGCGUUGCGUGGAACGUUUGUACGCACGAGACCCCCACAACCUACGUAAUGAUUAUUGGCUCGCUUGUGACGCGACGGCACCUUCGCAGAGGGCCGGCGGCCGUGCAGCCACCCUAUACAAAUUCGUGCGUCUAUCCGGCGAAGUGAUGGUUGCGGCGUUGUUGCCGGCUUAUCUUCGGGCAUUGGCCGCUAUCACAGUUGAGAAGCACACUUGGGCGUUAUUGGCUCGCAGAGAUGCGCUGUCGGCCCAUCAUUUGUUGACUGCACUGGCUUUGUAUCACAGAAACCUGCGGCAAGAUCCAACUCCGUUCGCAGAACAUGCGCACGCGUCGUCUUUAGGUGCUUCGGCUAUUAUCACGCCAGGUGCAAGGAGUGGACGGUUGCUGGUUCGGCAAGAGGAGGUGGAAGCUAUGAUUGGUGCGUUGAAACUAAUAGCUGCUGUAGCAAAAGUGGAUGAAGCCGCCUGCAUCGCCAUAUGCGAGAAUAUGCAAUGGAAUGCCGUCAAUUGCAUGUUUGGUCUGAUAUGUUGUCACGUACCAAUACAACUGAAGUCAGCGCUUUGUACGACGUUAGCAGAGUUGGGAAGGUGGGGUUCAACAGCUCCACGCGUUUGGGCCGCACUUGAAGCCGCUCAGCUAGUUUCCGUUGCUAAUGACAAGAGGGCGCUGACUGCUGACUUGCUAGAGGUCGAGUGUCGUAUGGAACAGUAUCCACUAUCGCGGGCCUUCUUAUCCCUUCUUGACUCGUUGUGUCUGGCUGGUCCUUUACCCCGAGCGCUUGGGGCGGGGGCAAGACGCCCAGGGUUGGAUCCUUAUGUAGACCACGUUGUGAAUAAGCUCGCUUUGCCCGCACCGCACAGGCCCUAUACAGACCCUCAGGAUAAAUGGCAGAUGAUAUCACUAUGUUUCCGUCUAUUCGUUCGCUGGCUGGAUACAUACGAGCCCAGUGCGGCGGACUUCCCCCCUCCACAUUGCGAACCAGACUCCAAUCCUCCACCAGGGUUCAGACUAUUAAUGUUCCUGCAUACAAACUCUGAACUACUGCGAAUGGUGCUAAACACUCUGGACGAAGCUUACGACCUGAUGGAUAAGCAACCUUUAACAGAACAGAUAUAUGUACAAGAAACGCUAGUCAGUACUUUGCACAUACUAGAGCGAGCGCUAUCGUUGGAACGGGCUUUGACCGCUGCCGCUACGGAAGCGAACCGUGCUGUAAUGCUUGUUGGGUUGUCUAAACUCAUUUUAGCCCCAUCCGGCCCAGACAAGAACGAUCGCCUCGUCACAUGUUGCCUCGUACUCCAACACGGGUGCGUGGUGCCGGCAGCUGCAGCUCGCGCUGUGGCGCUUCUGUGUCGCGCCUUACAUUCCCCGCACUGUGCAAAACAUUUAUUAGAGUGCGUUGCGCUUGCGCAUCAAAGGGCGCCGGAAGUUCGGCACGGUUUUGUGGAAUGCCUGGAAGCGGAAGAGUGGUGCGGCGGUGACGAAGCAGCGGCAGACAUCCGUGCUGCUAAGGAAGGCAUUAUCGUUCUGUUGAUGCAGCUGCUGCCCGCGGCUCCACACAACUUCGCACACUUCUUACUCGGAUACCAGCUUAAUGAUGAUGUAUCCAGAAGUGCCCUUCACGAGGCGGGUGUGGCUGGUUCUCCAAGGACCUGUUUCCAUUCCAUCCUCGAUAUAUUGGACGCCUAUAUUAACAAAAAUGGAAGUAGUGAUAGAGAAGCAACAACUUUGAUAGAAAGCUGUUACCGUCUUCUUUAUCGGAUAGUAGAACGCCCGGCCACUUCGCCACCGGCAUUACGACUACUGCGAGCGAGGGAUUACUUCCUAGCGCGACAUGUUAAGGCUACUGUUAAUCUCGAGACUGCAUCCAUGGCGACGCUGUCGUCCCGUUCGUGGGUGCUACGUGCGUGCGCGUGUGAAGCGGGCUCGGCCGGUUGUGCAAGACAGCACGCCGCGUUAUCGGCGCUGCUUAAUGCCCUAAUGCACGCACAACACAAGGAGGAGUCCAGACAAUUGCCGAUGCCGUUGCGACAGGAUUGGGAGUCAUGUGUGAUUCGUACAUCAUUAGACGCGCUACCGGUGAGUGUGACAGCGGUUUCAGAGCCCCGUUGGGAAUUGUUCCACGCUUCACAACUCAGACACGCUAUUGCGGAAUGUGAUUUGGCCACAGGUUUGGGCGGUAAACGCAUCAGCGUUACGCGGGUACACGCACUAUUAUCACGUGAGCUUGCAUCGCUACGGGCAUCGGCACCGCAAAGAAAUAUGGUUGCUGUUGAAAUUCAGAAGGUGUUAGACUACGUGACAGAAAUAAACAAACAGCGCAAUCUAGCAGCUACACUCACACAUUAUUACGACUCAUGGCGACAGCUCACUGAAAUUAUCUUCUGUGUUGCUCCACACGACUUGCUGUCCCUCGAUGCCAGAAAGACUCUCCUCCUAAACAUCCUGCAAGACCUCCUCAACAAAAUUCCACCAGCAGAAGUUUUGCCUCAAAUCGGAAACUUGGCUUCGGGGACUGUACUACUACUUCUAGUCAACUUACGACAUUGCUAUAUCCUCCAAAAGCGGGAGUCGAAUUUGAAAUCGUCAGAAUUUGAGACGACAUUUUUUGGGCCCUCCAACCAAAUAAUGCAAACGAAAUCCCUAACGCUGAAGUUCAUUCUGCAUAAAAUUCUCAGCUGGAUUCUGGUGUCCGGUGGCUCGACGCAGAAGAUGAGGGUGAACUUGUAUGGGGCGUUGUUGAAUUUCCUAAACAUCGUGAAUUUAAAGCCCAGCGCGGCCGACCCAGAGGAAGAGAUUAAUUUGUCUUACGUUUCUCGUUUGGACAGCUCGAAAUCUCGGUCGAGUAAAGAGGAGUCGAGUUUGAAGUCAAUGGUUGUUGAGGUUAUAAAUAGUUUUGGUGAAAAUUUGUGCGCGAUAGUGUGCAGCGAUUGCGUUGGGGGAGGGCACGAUGUUUGUCGGAUGGUGGCUCUGUCGUGUCUGGAUACUUUGAUAGAGAUCAACCCCGGUACGGAUUGGAUGAACACGUUGACGAAUCAAGGAUAUUUGCGGAGCCUCAUUGAUAGCUUGUUGCAGGACGAUGAGGGGUUGCGAGAGGCACUUGAACCGAAACCAAAAUCGCUGAGAGUUCUAUACGUAUACGAAUCUAAAAUGACAUUGUUAAUCAAAAUUUCGGGUAGUCGGCUCGGGGCCGAAACUGUGUUAGCUCAAGGUGCGUUGUCCUGUCUCGCGAAUUUGAAGGCAUUGGAUUGCCAUCCCGAUAUUCAUACUGGAUACGGCUCGAAAGACACGGAUUUUGUGCCUUCUGUGGCUAAUCGAUUCCGUCAAAUGUUGGUCCCAGCAUUGACGUUGUGUGACGCACUUCUAACGACUCUCGGCUCGCAGAAUCACAGCUGUGUUCUACACAUCACUCACCUUCUGCUCAGCCAUUUGGAGUGCGUCGAUAUGGUGUUAAGGGCUACACAUCCAAAUUCGCCACAAGGUCUUUUAAUAGAAGCGGCCGCGCUCACGUCCGUCAUCGCACGAACGUCAGACCGGGAAGUGUUCAGCGCUAUCCAAUCAGACACAGCCUUGCAGAGAUCUGGUGCUGCCUUGCAGCGGGUACAUGCAUUGAUGCUGACACUAUUGGCCAGGUUCCACGUGCCACCAGCCGAUAUAGACUCGAGUGAUGAUUGUACUCUGUAUUAUAAAAUUGUAUGCAACCUCCUUCUUUUCGCUCGCAACACAAUAGAAAGUGAAGCAUUUUCUACCAACGAAGGGGCAAGACGCGCCGGUUCCGCCGCAUUAGAUUUGCUUCAGCAUUUGUUGAGACGCCUCCAUUCCCAUAGUAAACUGCUGGCUACCGUACACCAUCAGUUGCAUAGCGUACCUUCUAUGACGCUAGUUGAUAUGAAGAAACUGUUAGGCGACGAAUCAACGCCGUCAUCACCUUUGGAAGCGCGCGCGGCCGUCAUUUCACAAUUACGUGCACGUGCCGAUAUACGUAGACGCGAAGUUCAGUACUGUACGCAUGCAAUGCAUUCUGCGUUAUACUUGUUAUGGGCGCAUACGAGAAUAUAUUUGAGAGCUAUCUUUGCCGCACCUAAAUAUGCAGCAUUAUCAAGAACGCAAGCAGUGGGCGUGUUGGCCGGAGAGGAAUCUAUCGAACUGCGGAAAGCGCUUGUUACAGUAUUCAAUGAUCGCUUCGUUGAUGAACUAAUUGAUACAACGAAAAAUCAAUCUCAACUCCAACGCGGGUUCCUGGAAGUGCUAGUUAAAGAUAUCAAGACGAUGAUUCAGUUUUCGCCUGUUUAG